GGGGAAAACUCCCAGGCUUCUUCUAAUGUGGAUGUAAAUCCUAAAGUCAUUCCAGUACAGAAGAAUACUGAGCAUGUAAGUCCAGCCAUUGCAAAGAAGGAAAAUACAGCGAAGGACGUAUGUAAAGAAAAGAAAGCAGCAGCAGCAGCAGCAAGUAUGUCUAAGGAAUGUGAUGUGGAACAGUCUGCCAGCCAUGGUGUACAGUGUGAUGGUAACAUGACUGAAUUCAAGACAGAAUCCAUUGUGGGAACUCCAAAGUCUGCUAACCGAGGCCAUGAUGGUGCACAGGAGCUGGGGCAGAGUGGAUCACAGGCAGCAGGUGUGCAGCUCCACUCUCCAGCACAGAGACAGAGGAGGACAUCACUGGAGAGGCUAACAUUACAGGAGAACCUGAAACAACAAGAGGUGGUCUCCAGCAUGACCCGCUCAGGCCGCACAAGAUCCCAGGCUGGAGGUAAGAGCCACAAUACUGACAAGUCUAUGGAGGUGACACCAGGGAAAUAUGUGGAGAAAUAUGAAAGUGUUUACAAAACUGUUCCUGCCCCGGACCCUAAUGUAUGUGACCGGGCCUCAGGAGAUACAAGCAGCCAAGGCUCCUCUGUGUUCACCCAGCGUGAGAGACUUUCCAGACCCCUCCAGCAGGACAAAGAGACCACCCGGGCACCAGAGCUACAGCUGGCGGAGGAGAUCCCAGCACUGGUGAGGAGGAUGGAGGAGCUGAAGCACCUAAAACAUAUGCUGCAAAUGCAGAUUGACUGUAUAUACAAACUGAAGACAGCGAAUCCACAGUACAAGUCCAUGCAUGAUGAUAAACUAUAUGCACUGAGCACAGAACUGGCCACCAUAGUGAGUGAGAUGGACUCUAUACUGGAGAGGAUGGGACCUUUGGCGGAAUCCUAUAGGAACAAGGAGCGCUUUUCCCAAUACCAGCUGAGUUUUGGUGCAGAGCCCAGAUCGGAUGUGGCACCUGUCAUCACCCCAGAUGAGCCCCAGGAGGUGACAAGACCCCUUAUAAAACCCCCAAGUUUCACCUUCAAGGAUCGGCAUGUUCAUAAGCCCGAGGAGCAGCAACCUCAGAGACCUGCAGAUGUUCUGGAGCCUGCAACUCACUUACCUGCAGAGGCACUACAAGUCCCAGAAGUCCCAGUGCAUCAGGAGGACAGUGGACAUUUGCCGGUGUAUGAAGAUUUCUUGAUUUUUGGACUUCAGACUCAGAUUCUGCACCAAAUGAACAAAUAG